GCAACUUUUUAUUUUGGCGAAUACUUAUUUUCUUUUUGAUUCGACGGUGAUAUUUUUUUCUAUUCCCGUUAAACAAAGUAUACUCAAACUGUAUACUUUGCAUAAAAUACCACCGAUUAUAAUAUUUUAAACAAACGAACGAAUUUUAUAUUUCUACAGUGCUAAGUGAAAUGUUAUUGUAACCUACGACAGCAGUCCUAGGAAAUAUAUAGAACAACUUCCUAAGAAAGUCGGUUAUACAUCAACAUUGAUAGCACGUACAUAAUCUGAAUAUGGCAUCUCGUGGUGGGCCUAUGGUGGCUGGUACCGAUGGCGCUGACUACGAAUACAGGCAACGUGUGGCUGCCCCACACCGUAUGAGUUUGCAAGGCAAAAAGCGUGUAAAAUUUUGUAUUUGCUAUCAUAUCGUACUUUCUAUUUUUAUGGUGACCAAGUUGUCUCCGGAUUUUUUGGAUCGCAUAGAUGUCUUUUGGCUGGAGGUGGAAGAACUUGAGGUGCCAAAACCGCUGUGGUGGGAAUACGUUUGGAUGACAUCGGUGUUUACAAUGUAUUUUGCUCUUUCAGCAAUAUUAAACAAUAGCAUUCGCGAAAUGCAAAAAUAUAUGAUAGCCAUUAUGUUAACUGGCGUUGUACCCGUAUGCUACUGCUUUGCUUACUACUUUAGAGAUUUUUGGGAAUAUAUUAAUUUAGAUGAGAAAACUGAUAUAAAGGAAACUGAUAUAUUUAUAUGGCGCGGUAUGCCUUACGCAGUAUUGUGGUACGGCUUCUCGGCAGUCGCUAUUCAGUUACACGGUUUUACCUUGUAUUUCGCCUACAAAUGCAUUWGAGCAUGGCGUAUGCGCAGCGCUAUAAAGAAGUCUCAAUAGGUCAAAACUAAAACAAAGGAUUUACGCACUUUGAAAACGUUUGAUAAAAUAAUGUCCAUCUUAUGCAGACGGUCAACUUAGGUCUGAUUAAGACAACUGUUCUUUAUGCUCAAUAUGGUUUUCAUUCUCGGAUUAAAGUGAAUUUUUUAAGUCUAACAAUUAUAUCUUGUCUGCUUGCAUAUUUACGUUCAUAUACUCUCCACAUUGAAUAUUUUUCCAAUUGACUAUUGGAAUCAUGUUCAAGUUUUUUCGUAAAAACAUUUUAAAUAGAAGCCAAUAAAAAAGUUGUUACUACAAACCAAAAUUGUGCGCCAUUCCAUACAUUCUGAGUCUAUUUUUGUCAGUGCAUUCAACACGUUCGCCCCAAUGUAUAACUAAGUCAUACAGAUAUUUUAUAACCUUACGGUUGGAUAAUCUUACCCAAUCAAUAAUUUCGAAAACCUACAGUUUAUUUGUUUAAUCCUAUAUUGUCUGCAUAGAUCAGCCAGAUAGUGUGAAUACUGCAAAAUAUCGAAAAAAGUAUGGAUUCAAGCACAAUUUAAUUUUUUCGCACAUGAAAUAGCCACUAAUGUGUUAUAUCAAAUUUGCGAAUUAGCAAUUAAAAAUAAUAUGUCUUACUAGGUAUAUCAACUGGAGUCUGCACAAAUCUAUAAAAAAAUUAAUAAAUUUUAAAGGCAACUAAGUACAAUGUACAAUAAGAAGUGCAAUGUAUGUAUAUACAUAUAGAUUUCUCCAUUAAAUUUUUUCAAAAAUUAUAUUUUAAUAUCUUUGGCAAAAUAUAAAUUAAGUGAAAUAGAAUAUAUUUUUUAACUCAUAAUAAUCGUCUGUGUACUUGGUCAUUGCGUUAUUAAAAUACUCAAAAUAUUUAUUUUUAGCGUUUAAAGUUCCUUAUAAAAUAUACGAAGGUGUAUUCUACAAACAAAAAACUCCGGACUGCCUAACAUCAUCUAUAAGUUCCCAUUAAGGGCCAACAACUAUUCUUUUGUACAAAAAUAUGCUUAUACUUACAGACGUACGUAUACCUGUAUAUAUGUACUUAUUUGUGUUCUAAGGCACUAGCUGUUCAUUUUGGAACAGUUGCACUAGAAAAUGCAAAAACAAUAUAAAAAGUAUAAAAUAAUGAUAACUUAAACAAGGAGUGGGUAACAAAAUGGUUUUAAAUGAAGAGUUAUUUAAUAAACAUGAAAAUAUCUAAAAUGAAAUGUCAAUUUGUGCUGUUCAAUUAAUGUCAACUAAAAUAAUAUUGAAAAAAAAAUUAAGUUUAUAAUAAAGCUAUUAUAUUUUGUGUGGGUUAAAAGCA